AUGGCGCAAAUCGUUGAGAAAGUUGUGAACGCUACUGUUGGCGAUGCCAAGACCCGCCAGAUGGAGAGCUUCACCCUGGACGAGAACUCCAAGACCCCCCUCACCACCUACUUUGGUGCUAAGAUCUCGGACACUGACCACGCCAUCAAGGCUGGCAACCGUGGCCCUACGAUCUUGAAUGAUCACCACAACCGCGAAAAGAUCUCCCACUUUGACCACGAGCGCAUCCCCGAGCGGGCCGUCCAUGCUCGUGGUGCCGGGGCGUUUGGAGAGUUCAAGCUUCACACUCCUCUGACCGGCCUCACCACCGCCAAGGUCCUCACCGACACCAGCAAGACUACACCGGCGUAUGUCCGGUUCUCGACCGUCGGUGGUAGUCGAGGGUCCGCCGAUACUGUUCGUGACCCCCGAGGGUUCGCUGUGCGUAUGUACACUGACGAGGGAAACUGGGACAUCGUCGGGAACAACAUGCCCGUCUUCUUUGUACAGGAGGCCAUCAAGUUCGUCGACCUCGUUCACGCUGUCAAGCCCGAGCCCCACAAUGAGAUUCCCCAAGCACAAACUGCACACGACAAUGCCUGGGACUUCAUGUCGCUCCAUGAGCAGACCACGCAUAUGCAGACCUGGAUCUUGUCUGACCGAGCCAUCCCCCGGUCCUUCCGGAUGAUGCAGGGCUUUGGAGUCCACACCUUCAAGCUGCUCGACGAGAACAACAAGUCCACUUUUGUCAAGUACCACUGGACCCCGCAUCUCGGUACCCACUCGCUGGUAUGGGAUGAGGCUCUCAAGCUCAACGGACAAGACCCGGACUUCCACCGUCGUGAUCUCUACGAUGCCAUCGAGGCCGGCGCCUACCCCAAGUGGGAGCUUGGUGUGCAGAUCAUCAAGGAGGAGGAUGAGCACAAGUUCGACUUUGACAUCCUCGACUCGACCAAGCUCAUCCCGGAGGACCUCGUCCCCGUCCAGAACAUCGGUACCCUCACCCUCAACCGCAACCCCACCGACUACUUCACCGAGGUCGAGCAGGUCGCUUUCUGCACGUCCCACAUUGUGCCGGGUCAGGAUCACUCCAACGACCCCCUCCUUGCCGGUCGCAACUUCAGUUACCUCGACACCCAAAUCUCGCGUCUCGGUGUCAACCACAACUUCCUCCCCGUCAACCGGCCAGUUUGCCCCUUCGCGACCAACCAGCGUGACGGUAAGGGCGCCUUCAAUUCGCGCAGGAACCGUACGGCCUACCACCCCAACAGACACGACGCGCUCCCCAUGUCUGCCCCGGAGGAGUCUUUGAGGCACCACGAGGAGAAGGUGGAGGGUAUUCAGACCAGGCUCAACGGACCCAAGUUCCAGGAAUACACCGACCAAGCUACCCUCUUCUACAACUCCAUGUCGGAGCCGGAGAAGGAGCACAUGCUUUCCGCCGCUCAGUUCGAGCUGUCCAAGUGCUCUGAGCACGAGGUCCACCAGGCCGCUAUCGACCGGUACAACCUCAUCGACCACGACUUUGCCGUCAAGGUUGCCGAGGUCUUCCCCCACAUCACCGUCAAGCCUGCCGUCAAGCCCAAUCACGGGCGCAAGUCUGCUUUCCUCAGUCAGGUUACCGGCAAGAAUCAGACCUUUACUGCCGAGGGUCGCAAGGUCGGUAUCUACCUUCUCCCCGGGUACGAGUUCGCCUCGGUCGCCGCCAUCCAGAAGGCCCUUCAGGCCGCCGGCGUCAUGGCCAAGAUCGUCUCCGCCCAGACCGGCGCCAUCAAGGGCUCGAACGGCCAGUCCCUCGACGCCGAGUUCAACUUCGAGAACUCUCGCUCGACCCACUUUGACGCCAUCAUAUUUGCGGGCGGCGCGGAUGCUUCAUACGCCAAGAAGCUCAAGACCGGCCGGCUCAUCCACGCUGCUCGGGAGGCAUUCAUGCACAAAAAGGCCAUCGGUGCGACCGGCAACACGGUCGAGUGGCUCGCGGACAUUGCGCUGCCAGGAGAGUUCUCGGCGGGUGUCAAGACAGGAGGGAUCUCGUUAGAGAAGGGUGUCCUGAUUGCGCCGGAGGUGGGGACGGGGGCUGAGUUCUCAAAGAGCUUCAUUGACGCGGUAGCGAAGCACAGGGUAUGGGAGCGGGAGGUGGAUCACAUUGCGGCUUGA